CACUCGUCCCCUCCGCCCUCCUGCUGCUCCCUUACAUUCUCAUCUCGGCUUGGAAGUUCAAGAGAUUAGCUUAACGGUCUUUCUUAGGCCAUUUGUCGCGACCAUGACAUCACUCGGCUCUCGCUCUCUCGUCCACUCUCCUGAGCGCUCCCCUCGUUUUCCGUCCAACCCGCGGUCUUCCACACCAUCUCCCAAUGGCUCUCAUUCAGACCUUUCCGCCAUCACAGACCCCACGAGGCCGCCAAUCAUUCUUGGCAUCUGUGCCAUGGACGUCAAAGCCCGGUCAAAGGCGAUGCGAGAGAUUUUGACCCGGCUGGUGGAACGGUCGAAUGGAGCGAUAGAAGUGAAGGUGUUCGGUGAUAAAGUCAUUCUCGACGAAGAUGUCGAGAACUGGCCCCGAUGUGAUGUGCUCAUCUCCUUUUUCUCGACCGACUUUCCCCUGGACAAGGCUAUAUCUUACGUCAAGUUACGGCACCCCUACUGUAUCAACGAUCUGCCUCCACAAGCGCUCCUCUGGGACCGCAGACUCGUAGGCGCUGUCCUCGACCAUCUCAAGGUCCCCACCCCUCGUCGUCUAGAGGUCUCGCGAGAUGGCGGCCCUAAGGUGGACGAUGAGCUGCGCGAUAUCAUGAAAAAGAAGAUCGGCAUCACGCUCGGCGGAUUCCAAGUCACACCCGAGGUUACCCUGCGCGAGGAUGGCGAUGCGAUCAUCAUAGACGGGCAAGUCAUGGAAAAGCCCUUCGUCGAGAAACCUGUGAGCGGCGAGGACCACAACGUCUACAUAUAUUUCCGUGGUGGCGGUGGUAGGCGACUGUUUCGGAAGGUCGGAAACAAGUCGAGCGAGCUCGACCCUCAACUAAACUUCCCUAGGACGGACGGGUCCUACAUCUAUGAGAAGUUCGUAGAUGUCGAUAACUCGGAAGACAUCAAGGUUUACACGGUCGGACACGACUAUACCCACGCGGAGACCCGCAAGUCCCCCUUUGUCGACGGCGUCGUCAGACGCAAUACGGAGGGCAAGGAGAUUCGGUUCAUUACGCAUUUGAACGAUGAGGAGAAGGAGUGGGCGGCUCGCAUCAGCGACGGGUUCGGACAAAUGGUCUGCGGUUUUGAUAUGCUUCGCUGCGACGGAGGCCGCCGCAGUCAAGUCAUCGACGUGAACGGCUGGAGCUUCGUUAAGGGCAACGAUACCUACUAUGAUCGUACAGCAGAAAUACUUGCAUCCCUUUGUCUCAGGGUAGCCGCCUCACCAGAGCGCCCGCUGCCAGCUGCGGAGGCGACCGUGGAGGAGCCGACCUGGCUUCUCAAGGCGAACGUGACCGUAUUCCGGCACGCGGAUCGCACUCCGAAGCAGAAACUGAAGUUCAAUUUCCCCAUCGGCGAACGAUGGACACAGCCGUUCGUCACCCUGCUCAACGGCGAGCGCGAGGAAAUCAUCCUGCGCGAGCGUGCCCAGCUCAGCAGCAUCGCGACCGCGGUCGAGGAGGCGAAGGGCCUCGGGGCCGAUGGGGAGGACCUGGUGAAGCUCACGCAGCUCAACAACGCGCUGUUCAGCAAGAUCGACCUGCCAGGCACGAAGGCACAACUGAAGCCGGUGUACUCGAAGAAGCAGCCAGGACAGGUGCGCAAGCUGACGAAGUUGACGCUGGUGUUCAAGUGGGGCGGCGAGUUCACACACUCGGCGCGUUACCAAUCACGCGAUCUCGGAGAGAACAUGAAGAAAGAUAUCUCCAUCAUGAACAAGGACAUCCUGAAGAACGUCAGGAUCUAUACCUCCUCCGAGCGCCGCGUCGUUGCCUCUGCGGAGAUCUUCGCCACAGCACUUUUCGACAACUCGCCCUCCUCGGGGGGCUCCAGCACGCUCUCCGCCACUAGUGGCCACCAGUCCGGUGUCCACUCUUCUCGCUCUUCCAGCGAUGGCGGCUAUGCGUCAGGUAGUCACCACACGCCUCGUCGCGAGCAGUCCGUCCCCGCACAGAAGCCUCCAAAGCUCAUUGUCCGCAAGGACCUGCUCGACGACUCGAAUGCCGCCAAGGAUCUCAUGGACGACGUCAAGAAGCGCCUCAAGAUCCUCCUUCGCCCAGGGGAGCCUGAGAAGCGCCCGGAGCUCACUUGGCCCAAGAGCAUGAAGAAGGAGCCCGUCGAGGUCGUGAAGGAGGUCAUCGAGCUUCUCAGCGCAUUCCGCGACAUCAUGCGCCACAACUGGGAGACGAUGGACGUCGACAAGAUCCAGGAGCGCUGGUGCUGCGGCGACGAGCCGUGGCUGUUCCGCGAGCGAUGGGAGAAGCUCUUCGAGGACUUCUGCGACGUGAAGCAGGAGAAGUUUGACCCGAGCCGCGUUUCAGAGCUGUACGACACCAUCAAGUACUGCGCGCUGCACCAUCGUACGUUUCUGUUCUCCAUCUUCAAUGAGGAGGGACGGACCGAGCAGGCACCGCAUGACCGGCGGCUGCACGAGUUGUACGGGCGCGCGAAGGCGCUCUUCGACCUCGUCGCUCCGCAGGAGUAUGGCAUCGAGCCUGAGGAGAAAGAGGAAAUCGGUGUUCUCACGUCGUUGCCACUUCUUCGCAAUGUUGUGGGCGAUCUGGAGCGCGCCCGGAACAACGAAGAGUGUGGGCUGACGCUGUACUUCACGAAAGAGUCGCACAUCCAUACGCUCGUCAACCUCGUCCUCCUUUCCGGCCUUCCCAUUGCGAAUCGCCGCAUCCCGGAGCUUGACUAUUGCGCGCACAUAACAUUCGAGCUCUACGAGCGGAAUCACGGUCGCGGCAAGUCAGACAAGGAGUACUCCAUAAAGCUCUCGCUCUCCGAGGGCGCGCACUCCUCAAAUGUGCUCGACAGCGCACUCGAUGCGCGCCAUUCGCUCAACGUCCAACCGCGCCGCAAGCUCACACAGCACCUUCCAUACUCGCUCGUCAUCGAGCGGCUCUCGAAGCACUUCGGCCGCGUCCCCGACGACGAUGACACUGGCCCUGAUACCCCAUACGAGACGAUCGACGCGCUCCAGGCGCCGAUCGCGUCUGCCACUCUUGCAGAUGAUCCCUGACUCCUUGGUCUGGGGGAGGCGGCGCGCGAGGGAAGGCAGCAGUCACUGGUGCUCCCUGCUAUCGCUGAGUCCCCCGAGGCUCUGACUUCACGAGCGUCUGAGGGGAAGCUGGAAGCGGCACAGGCGGCAGCCCUCGCCGCGCUCACGACGGCUACUGCUACGCCCCGCAGAGAUUCGCAUCCCUUACCCCAGAUCUCUGCUCCUCAAGGGUCCCAACGACCUCCUGUAGAAAACGAGGCAAUACCUGUGCUUGCGAGCCAUUCUUUGGAUCCGCGAUGCGCAAGUGCACCAUGGUGUUUACCGAUGCCCUCGAGACGGUCUUCUAAAUCUCCCCCUCUUACAUCACAUACACCAAGACGUUCGAGAUAGUAACCAGUAGAGGAUCAGACCAGCAUCAUGCAUCUAUCAUAUUAUUCUUGCUUAGUAUAGACAGCUUCGUUGGACUUUGGUAUGAUCGCAUCUACUCUACAUACAUUGUACAUUGGGGCCUCAUGUAUGAUCACAACC